CACUGCUGGCCAGCACUAGUUACAAGCAACUAACAUUGUAAGAGUGAGCAAGCCACCAUGCUGCCCUGGAGGAUGGCCAUUGUCGGAAUUUUCUACUGCUGCAUCAAAACAGGUGUCACGCCACGUCGGACUAAAGCCCUAUUCCCAGCUGCAAGCAGAAUAAAAAGAGGGGUGGCAAACAUUGGGAACCCUACCUUCCAUAACUCCUUUGAUGAUGUUCAUCUAUUAUUUGAGAUCCUGCUGGCUGGCGUACACUUUGGGGCCAGUGGAGAGUUUUCAGUGCAAGAAGCUGAGCUAGCUUCCCUCCACAAGACAAGAAUCCUGGAAGUCAUCUGUGAGGAGAUCAUUCCCAGGAAGCUAACAGACAUAUUUAGGCUCAUCUCUGACCUUUCAAAUAAUAUCGGUCACCUGCAUCAAGACGAUUUUGAGCGCACCCUGUUGACCAUGGCAUACACUGCCCAGCAGAUGGUCAAUUCCACUACUGAACACCAGCGAGAUGUGUGGGCAGAGUCUUUUGUUAGUCUGUACAAAGCCAUUAAGCAGGAUCUGACAGGGACAAACUGAACGGAUACUGGUGUUGCUGAACAAUGGCUCUGUGUUUCAGUUUAAUAUGCACAUAAGAAAAACCUUAUUUUUAUUUUUAAAAAUCCAGAUCAGUGGGGUUUCCUGAUUUGUGCACUGAGGGAAUGUUGCGUUGUGUAUAUUGGCAGGCAAUAUGCAAUUAUUCAAAUUUUGAAAGUUAAUUCAAAUGAGGGACUGUAUAUACAUGAAACAAUACAUUGGAUUUAUAUACUGAAUGCAGCAACAAACAUCAUGGAUCUACUUACAUUCACAGUGUUCACUAGCACCUGGCUGUGAUUGCAAUCUAAAACUGAUAAGAUCGAACAAGUUAAAAAUCAAGCUUGAAACCAAAAAAGACAUUGUUUAUACUGAACAGUGAUAAACUCUGAAUACAAAAUGUCUCCAUGUCCAUAUAUUAAUCUU